GCUCCAUUUCCUUUAUUCUUCCUUAUGUCCCUCUUUUCGACAAAGCCAUGAAUGUGUUCAGUCCUGACCUGGGUCCGACACUGGGUGCUCUCUUUAUUGCUUUCAUAAUUUCCACUUUGCUGUACGGAGUGACUUCUGCACAAACUUUUAUCUUUUUUAAAAGGGGUGCGCACAAUGGGAGAAAUUAUAAAGCCAUAGUUACUGUUCUUUGGAUCCUGCACACAUUACACUUCAUAUUUAUUUCUCAUUCAACACAUUACUACGCAGUCACUAGUCAUGGAAAUUUCGAUGCUCUAGGGACACCAAUAUGGAGUUUAUUUGCUCAAAUGUUACCCACAAUUUUGACUGUCGGGGUUGUACAAUAUGUAUGGACUAUGCGGAUUUGGACCCUCAGCAAUAGUCCACGGAGAACGCCAGUAGCAAUAUCUAUGUGUCUUUUGGUCCUUCUUGACGUAGUCUUCACGAUUGUGUGGUUUAUCAAGCACAUAAAUGAAUCUACCUGGGCUGACAUUCAUCACGACUGGAUUAUAUUCUGCUCUUUCUCGUUGGUUGCGUUCAAUGAUAUCCUGGCAACCUUUUUACUUUGCGUAACUCUUCAUCGCUCCAAAAAUGGCAUUCGAGAAACAGACAAUCUUAUUAGCACUUUGAUGGCAUACGCAUUGAAUACCGGUUUACUCACUUCCCUGGUAUCCAUAGCUAUGAUUAUCUUAAUUUUCUUGACACCACUCCAGCUUUACUACAUCGCGCUCUAUAUUAUUAUUGGAGGUUUAUACGCCAAUGCUUUGUUGGCUUUGCUAAAUUGGAAGACGUUACAGGCACGGCGGGCGUGGAAGAGGCGAGGGAUGUCUCGACUUCAAUCCAGAGACUCGGUAUUUGAGCUGAGCACGAUACCAUGGGAACUUUCUCGGCCCCCAUCCAGCAUGUUCGUUUCUUCAAUCAGUGGGGAGCAAUGAGCAUGUUAGUAUCACCUGUGGAUCAUUCAACUUAAUUUUUACUUUAGUAUUGUAUCUUUUCUGUGAACUGCUGCCCGAUUACCUGGUUUCGCUUUGACCUGCCGUUAGCUGUCAUCCUCGCAUUGUG